AUGUUCACGGAGAGAGCUGGCGCCCGGAACCCAGCGGAGGACAGCAGCUUGUGCUUCGUUUGCGUCAUGCUCCCAGCUUGUGUGUUUGUGUGCGAGUUCAGCGAGAUCAGUAUCACAUCCGCCGAGCAGGAUCAUCCGGGAGUCGAGGACUGCUUUGAGGACUGCUUCGAGGAUGCCGUGGACGUAGCCCAGCCCGAGGAGCCCGAGGAGCUUCCGAUGUUUCUUUGCAUGCCAGGGGGUUUCCGAAAUCGCGGUCCAGAGAAGGUCGAAUCCCGCAACCAGCAGCUGGUCGUCAAGAGCACCUUCCUGGAUGUCAUGGAUGGCUUCAGCGCACCCGCCUGUAUGGAGCCCACUCUAGCACAGCCGCCCUUAAAACUGGCGACCUGGAAGCCCUUCACCGAUGGACUACCAUUCAACAAGCCAACAGAGAUCCCUGGAAUCAAAUGCAAUGAAGAUGGAAAGCCCGUCAAGCCGAGGCACCAGCUGCCUACGAGCCCGGGCAACUCGAGGUGGGAGACCACGAUUCAGCAGUUUCCGCUCGACUCUGCCAGCCGGGCACAGACAUCUGAGACGACUGGCUCUGUGGCGGAGCUAUCGAAGACAGAGGUUGUAGAGGAUGGGCGGGGCAUCGAAGCUUCGAGGAGCGAUGAUGAGCAGUCAAAUGACGACGAACGAACGACAGUCAUGCUGCGUAAUCUGCCCAACAACUACACCAGGGACAUGUUCCUGCAGAUGAUGGAUCAGAACGGUUUUAAAGGCCGAUAUGACUUUGCGUACCUGCCCUUCGACUUUGGCCGAAAUGCCAACCUGGGCUAUGCUUUCGUUAACAUGGUCCGACCUGCUGACGUGGUAUCGUUUCGCCGGGUCUUCCAGGGCUACUCCAAGUGGAGCCUGCCUACCUCAAAGGUUUGCCAAGUCAGCUGGAGUGGUCCACACCAGGGUUUCGAUGCGCACGUCGCUCGCUACCGCAACAGCCCGGUGAUGCACCGGUCAGUCCCAGACGAGUACAAGCCAAUCAUCUUCAAGGCAGGAGUUCGUCAAGAGUUCCCUCCGCCAACCAGGAGGCUGAAGCCCCCUGCCCGGUUUGCAGGACGCUGA